GUAUAGUAAAUCAGAGCAAGGAUCGAGCAACGUUUGCUUAAAAGUCACUGCAAAUAUUUGAGUCGAAAUGAAUUGAAAAAUAAAUUCGUUUUUAAGUCAGGCGUGGGCCACAGCUUGGUCAAGAGUAUUAGCGACAGACUUUGUGCAAGGCGCACAUGCAAAUCCUUUUGCCUGUGUACUUGCCAAACAGGACAUCAUGCAGCGCACUUUUGCUCAUUAGCUGCCAGCCGAAAGAUGGCAAAAGCACGCAGGAUCAAUUGGCUGCAACAAGUGGCUGUGCGUGUGUGUGGGCAUGAGCGUGUGCGUGUGUGUGUUAAUAACACCAACUGCUGCAGGCUUUCUUGUUGGCCUCAACAUGGCAUUUUUAUGUUCAAUAAUUACAACAACAAGGACGUAAAUCACAGAUUGGAAAAAAGCAUUUCACUGUUGCCCCGCCCACCCGGCCGCCGCCGCCGCUUGGCCGCUGCUCGGCCACCCACUUGAGAUUAACAAGCGUUAGUAAUGUUUCAUUAUUGUAAAACAAAAGCAAAAAAGUAACAAAAAAUAAAAUAAUGACUGAAGGCGGGAGCAAAAAAUCGUCUAUAAAAGCGGGCAGCGCAUCAGGCGAACGUUUCAGUUGAAAUUUCAAAGUGCGCUCAAGUGCAAGCCCCGAAAAACUAAAAGGGAGAAGGAACUGCUGCUAAUUAAGGCUACCUGGCUAUAGCGAGAAGGACAUCCAUCGAUAUGCUGCGCCGUCAACGCCGCCUGCAGCUGGACAACAGAUGCAACAGGAGCUGUAGGAGCAGCGGCAGCAGCAGCUGGCGGAGUCGCAACUAUUUGCCUGGUCUGCUGAUUGUGCUGCUCGUCCUACUCCAGAGCUUCGAGCUGCAUAUGUGCCGGCAAUUGAUGGGCGUAACAGCGCACAGGCGACACGAUGCGGAUAAGGAGGCGCCGUUGCUGCCACUCGAGAAACGAGCCAUCGCACCGACCACCGUUAGCCAGCCGGAGGAGAUUUUCAGUGCGCCCAACGAUGCGGCUGACAUGAGCUAUGAUGAGUAUCCGAUGGUGGUGCCGAAGCGUGCUGCCUUAUUGCUGGACCGCCUGAUGGUGGCCCUGCAUCAUGCGCUGGAGAACGAACGUGAGGGUCAUCGCAUAGGCGAGUUCUAUGCGAACAAGAACAUGGUACAAAUGAAGCCUGCGGACUACAGAAAUGCUUUGCAGCAGCAGCAACAGCAGCAGCAGCUACAAGCAGCAGAGGAUGUUGGCAAUCAGCCAUUGAGUGGCCACAGCUUUCACAUGUAUAGCGAUGAUGAUCCUGGCGUGAUGUUGGACUACGAUUUCAAAGAUCUAAAUCAAAUAAAUCGCGCAACGGGCGAAACUCAUGUGGCAAAUGGUGUAAGAAAAUUUCAGUUAAUGGCAAAGAGCUUUCAGAGAAGAGCCGGCACAACUGCGGUUGGCAUCGAUGCUGCGUCAGCGGCUGCAGCUGGACCUGGAGCUGGUCCUGGUCCUGGUGCUAGUCCCGGCCUCAGGCGCAUCCAUCACGUUUCCAAUGGAGGUGGUCGCAUGUAUUGGCGCUGCUAUUUUAAUGCCGUUAGCUGUUUCUAAUCCAACCUACUAACCAACCAACCAACCAACCAUUAAACCUAACCAAUUGAAACUCCAUUCAAAAAACAACCAAUUGGCUCCAGGUUCGGCUCCAGCUUAUUGACAUCUUCAUUUCCAGUGUUUUGCGUUUCCUUGGCUGCUAUGAAAGUUGUUCGCAUGAUUAACUGAAAU